AUGAUCAUGUCAAGCCAUGCAUCGGAUCAUUUGCCGGAGCUGACAGGGAAUACGAGCUAUAUGCGAUCACCAUUACCGACGCGAGUGAGCAGUGCCUGCGAGAGAUGUCGGCGCCACAAAACACGGUGCGACCCAUUCCGACCUUGUUCGCUGUGUGUCAGAGCCCAAGUGAACUGCAGACCGCUCCCUAUCAGCCGGACGCGCCGAGAUAGCACGCGACGUUCCAAGACAGUUGCGAGAAGCCGUCGACGAGAGACGGAAUCUCCAGCGUCUGCUAGCCCAGCUGUGGAAAAUGCCAGCGACAAUGGAGCUCGUACUCAGCAAGCAGACAAUUCUGAGAACGAGAGUCAUGCAGAUGUGUUUGGCCCGCCCAGGCCAAUUGAGUAUGGGGAAGCGGAAUCGACAUUGGGAAUUGCUCAGAAGAUCUAUGGACUUGGCCGGCAACUCAUCGACGAGCAAGCUACGUCGGCCAUCCCAGGCUACCAAGCCAGCACCAGUGUUGCAGACCGGCACGUAACGGCUGUCGGCCAACGAGUCCCAAUUGCCUCGAUAUUGGGCCAGCCGUUACCGCCCACGGAUAUCAUGUAUUCCUUACUAGACGACUACUUUGAUGCCGUCCAUUGGUUCUCGCUCGUAAUUUAUGAGCCUACCUUCCGCAAUAAUCUCCUCUCUGUCGCUGACGGCUUGGCAUACUCCUCCCAGAAGCCGUUCUUAAUCCUUUUGGCCGCCGUUUUGGGCAUGGGGGCAUGGUACCGAUCACAGAGGAAGGCUGCCGCCGCUACUGAUAAUGAUAACUGGAGACAAAUGAGUGCCGGGCUGCUAAAACUAGUCGAGUCGUGUAUUGUCGAGCUGAUGGACCAGCCGUCCGUAACGGCAGCUCAGAUUUUUAUUCUAUUCGGAUCUUACUGCGUCUAUCACGGGCGGCCCAAUCUUUCGUUUUCCCUACUAGGAGCCACAAUCCGGAUCUCCCAGGCCGCAGGUUUGCAUCGUGACCCAUCCAGAGGGAACUUUGAAGAAAAAGAGGAACGGAAACGUGUUUGGUGGACGAUAUACACUUGGGAUCGGUUCGCAUCAAUCACGUACGGCCGUCCACUGGGGAUCAACGACCGGGACUGCAAUAUCAGCAUGCCAGCGGAUAUCCUUGAGAAUCCGCAUUUUGUUGCACCAGCAUCAGAACAGGGUUAUACAGUGUGCUAUUCUACCUAUCAAAGGGAGCUCAACCGCCUUUACCUCAUGGCGUCUACCGCUUUGGAGGCUAUCUUUGGCUCGCGCACCUCGGGCUCAUCCAAGGCAUUGGCCGGGGACGAGUACCUUGGACUAGUUAAAGAAGCCACCCAGAAUCUGCAGAAGUGGCAGGACGAGCUACCUGCCACCUUGGUUUUGAACCUCGACGAAGACUUCCAGGCCGACCGUGGGCUAGAAGCAAAGGCACAUGCACUGCAAUCACUAUCACUUCAUCUGACCUACGACAAUAUUUUAAUCGUCCUCCACCGUCCUCUAUUGGCACGGCAAGUGGAUCAUCUAUCGACGGAUCCUUCUAAGUCGGGCCAAAGAAGCGCACUAGAGACUAACAACCGCCAACCCAACGCCGCCACACCAAACCAACCAGACUCACCCUUUGAAGCACUAUCACCCAACGCAUCUGUGGCGAGCUCCGUACAUUGGUGGAACGCUGCUUUGAGGACAUCGCGAGUGACGGAGUUGCCCGUCCUGGCCCAACUUGCGACCGAUAGCCAUUUGGUAGCCUUCUUAGCUAUUAAUGUAUUCAAUGCGGCUAUCGUGUUGGCCGUCAUGGCUCUGUCAGAUCCUCUGUCGGACACCGCGCAGAUCGUCAAACGUACGAUUACCCGCAUCCUGCGACUGCAAGACCUUCUGGGCCAGCGCUCCGCAUUGUCCAAGCAGAGCACCAGUGUUUUGAAAAAUGUGGUCACAUUGCUUCUUCGUCGCGAAUCCGAGGCCAUCCUUGCGCCAAUCACAGGGGGGCAUCAAGAAGAAGGCCAUCAGUUGUCGAACACUGGGCCCAUGUCAGUGGAAGACACCCUCCGCCUCCCUCUCGACGUGACACUGGAAGCAUCCGACAAUACCAUGCGACGGCAGGCGUGGCCGGACGUUACCAAUACCCUUCGUCUGAAUGAAAGCUUGGCCUCGGUGCAAUACGUUGUACCGUCCGCAAAUGACGGGCGCUCUUUUGGCUGGUACGGCAGUACCGACACUCCCCAAAUGCAGGAUUCGGCGCCGGAACCCGGGGGUCAUCCGUGGCCAUCAUCGGGUCAACUUGACUGGAAUGGUUCGAAUAUCCCCGUGGAACCCUUCCAACCCAACACAGACCCGAACGGCGAACGUGGACUAUAUUGGCUGUGGGACAUGUCGUGGAACGGCCCGGAUAUCUAG